CUCAUUUUGCGGGGUUUGUGUACAAGCAGUAGUUGGUGUGGUUGCUGAGGGUGUUGUUGUUGCAUGGGCAGGGAGUGAAAGGAAUAGAGCGCUAGGGGUUUACACGGGGAACGUGUGAAAUAUCUCUUCAUCCUUUCUGUUUUCAGUUCCUCUGUGCUAUUCUCACCAUUGGGAUUUUUGUUUCAUUUGUCGAUCUUUCCUUCCAGUGGCUCCCUGGUGCUCGCUGGCCCCCCUCCCUGGUUUUUUUUCCCUGGACGACUGGGAGGAGAAUUAGAAGAAAAGAUAUCUGUUUAUAAAUAUACGUAUAUAUUUUUUAUUUUUUAUUUUUUUGAAAAUGAGCAACUACACUGUAACCCUCAAAGGACCUGCACCAUGGGGCUUCAGACUGCAAGGAGGCAAGGACUUCAACAUGCCCCUCACCAUCUCCCGGAUCUCGCCUGGCAGCAAAUCGGCGGUGGGCAAUCUGAGCUCUGGUGACAUCAUCUCGGCCAUUGACGGGAUCAGCACAGAAGGCCUGACCCAUCUGGAGGCUCAGAACAAAAUCAAGGCGGCCACCCAUAGCCUGACACUCAGCAUGCAAAGGUCGAAGCGCCCGGCUCCUGUUCCCACGGCUACCCCAAGAAUGGACUCCCCAAUGCCGGUCAUCGCCCAUCAGAAGAUCAUUGCCAACACUGCUGCCACCACUGAGUAUGUUCCCAACUUCAACGCCAGUGUGCUGAAGGACUCCGCCCUCUCCACUCACAAGCCAAUUGAGGUUAAGGGCCCGGGUGGCAAGGCCACUAUAAUUCACGCCCAGUACAACACCCCUAUUAGCAUGUACUCCCAGGACGCCAUCAUGGACGCCAUAGCUGGCCAGGCCCAGGCCAGAGGCAAUGAAAUGUCUGGUGAGGAAGGUCAAACUGGUUCUCCCCUGGCUACGCUUCCCGUUAAAGACCGUCUCGUGGACAGUGCCUCCCCAGUGUACCAGGCUGUGAUCAAGAAUCAGGAGAAGGACCCGGACCUGGCCGAAUGGGCCCGCCGUGCCGCCAACCUGCAGUCAAAGUCCUUCCGCAUGCUUGCCCACAUUACAGGCACCGAGUACAUGCAAGACCCAGAUGAAGAGGCCCUGAGGAAAUCAAGGGAAAAGUUUGAAACGGAACUCCGGGGCCCGCGAUUCACCAAGUUGAGAAAGUGGCAUCACGGCCUCUCGGCCCAGAUCCUUAACGUGCAGGAGUGAGCCCGCGAAGGUGGCAGAUGGACAGAGCAACCGCAUUGAAGCAGACAAGUUGAGCAGAAGCGCAAGAAGAGGAGCAGAGAAGGGAAGACUUGAACAAAUGCAACUGGAAUGUGUGUUAGAGUGGUAGACUAGCUCAGAAGUAAACACGAAACGCUGCCCUGAAAGUGCUUGUUCUUCACUUUGUUUUGUGUUUUUUUUUUUUUUGUUCCUAUAUCCUUCCGCCACUGUAAGGACAUAUCCUUCAGCCAGUUAACACAUGGCAAUGAUGUAGUGCUCUGCUCUUUCUCUUUUCUUUUUCUUUUUUCUCUUUUGGUUGUUCAGCUGAUCCUAAAAGAAACAUAUUACUACUGUACAAAAAAGAAUUAUGAAAGAACUUAUUGUAUUUUCUCCCUUAUUACGUUGUAUUUUCUCCCGUAUAUUAAGACUUCAUCAAUGUGAAUAAAUACCACUUUAAAUGAAGUGAGCCACACAA